GUUGCUAGUCGAGUGUUACCUCUCGGCGCGCGCGUUUGGAUGGACUGACAGCUUUGCUCAAUUUCCCUCGACAAGAAAACAGCAAGUCAGGAAAAAAAAAAAAACAGCAGGCCAAAACUGCAGAGACGCUCCGAAGUUUUGCGAGCCUGCUCGGGAUCGAACCAAGGCGUCGAGCGUCUCCCGUGUGAGGCCGACAGACGGCGGCCGGGCUUCGGCCUCGGGUGCAUCGCUGAGGCGCGGUGCGACGCGGAGCUCCAGCAGCAGGUGUUGCAGAGGCAUGGACUGUAACUGCGUCAGUGAUCUGCUGCUGCCCCCGGUGCCCGCACUUUGGACGCCAGGGUUCGCCUUCCCGGACUGGGCCUACAAGCCGGAGUCGAGCCCGGGAUCGCGGCAGAUCCAGCUGUGGCACUUCAUCCUGGAGCUGCUGCAGAAGGAGGAGUACCAGGGGGUGAUCGCGUGGCAGGGCGACUAUGGCGAGUUUGUCAUCAAGGACCCCGACGAGGUGGCCCGACUGUGGGGGAUCAGGAAGUGCAAACCGCACAUGAACUACGACAAACUGAGCAGAGCACUCAGGUACUACUACAACAAGCGCAUUUUGCACAAAACCAAAGGGAAGCGCUUCACUUACAAGUUCAACUUCAGCAAAGUGGUGCUGGUCAACUACCCCAUCCUGGACAUGGCCAACUCGCCCUUUUUUCUGGCCCAGAACCACUUCAACGGAGGCUCCGGCGCACCCGACUGCACGCCGGAGGCCAUCCAGUCCCUGUUCCCUCGCUUGCCAGACGCGGGCCGAGCAUCCUCCCUGUUUGAUCGGGGCAGUGCGGCGCCGGGGGCGGAGGGAGACAAGCCGCGACUGGACACGUUUCCGUUCCUCGGUUCAGGUGGCCCCUGCUACACCAAACCGCCAUCCCUGCUGGGCGCGUACCCCCGCAGCCCACCUUUCGACUACCCGUGGGGCUUCAACCCCUACCUGCCGGGGGCCUUCUCCCUCAACAACUGUCCCAAAUUGCCCCCCGGCUCACUCUAUCCCUCCCAGUUCUACCCCGGUCCCCUACCUAGCGGCCUCUCACAGCUGCCCCACCCCUUCUCCACCCUGCUGCCCCCAGGAGAGGCAACCACUGGUACCAAUGUUGCGGCAAUAUCGGCGGGGGGGCGAGCGGGCCUGCCCCCCUACCAGGGGGGCCUGUCACUGGGCCGUACUGAGCUGGGCAACCCUCUCCUGGGCGGGGAGCGUGCCCAGGCCACGCCCCCAAGCCUGGGCCCGGGACGCCAGAGCCCCACGGAGAGGCGGGGCAGCAUCAAGCGGGACGCCGAGUCGGACUCGGACCUGGAGAUUACCGACCUGAGUGACUGCAGCUCGGACAAUGAGCAGGAUUUCGCCGCGGCCAAAGACGCCGCGGCGGGGGGGAAGAAGUCAGAUGUGGGGGCAGCGGUGGCCUUACCCCUGCCGCCCAUCUCCUCCCUGCCGCCGCCCAUGUCUGCCCAUCCUCUCAAGGGCCUGAUGCCCCUCACGCCGCCACCGCUGCCCGCCAUCAUGCAUGAGCGCCACAGGGAGAGAGAGACCCUCAAAAUGAUCCACAGCUAGUACUUCUUCUGCCUGUUAUUCAGUUGCUCUGCUUUUUUUCCCCUUUUGUCCAAGUCUUCAACAUCAGAUGUUUCGUCAAAACUUUUUACAGCGUAACAUUUACUUCCCAUGGCCAUUUGAAUCGUCAAAUCUACAUGAAUGGCCUCCACUUGUGUUUCCUGCGUUCGAAACAACGUUCACAAAGUCACGGGCCAAUACUGCCACCUGGUGGAAGAUUUGGUGUGUGUCUCUUUAGUUGUCCUGUGCUUGAAAUGGUUGCCCCUCAUUUUACCUCAUUUCAAGUUGUGUGAAAACAUUUUUUUUCUGAAUUUAAUUUAAGCUGCUUUUCUAGUCUUGUGGUAAAUCGUGUAAUUCUUUCGUCUUAAAUUUGUCUUCAAUUUAAUGUGUGCCACGUUUCUAAUGCUUGACAAAAUGUUUUUGUCCUGCUUUCUAGUGUGUCGACAUUUAUUUAAAUUGACUUUAAAAGCCACUAGUGUGAAAUUGCUUUCCUGUAUUUAAUUGCGUCAGACUUUAUUUUUGUAGAAUUUUUCAAACCACAUUUGCACUGCUGUGAUAAUACAUACAUUUUUGUGCAAUUUAUUUAAUUAUGUAAUGUUUCCUUAAUUUCAAUUCCAUUUGAUUCAAAUCACAUUUACGGUGGAAUCAAAAAUGCAUUUUGUCUUAUAUAUUCACAUUGGUCAAUUUAUUUUCAUUUCAAUUCACUUAAACCACAUGACAAGGAUGUUAAAAAUAUCUUGUCUAUUUUGUUAAUUUGUCAUGAGAACCACUUUACACGUGAUGUGAAACAUUUUUUGUCUUGUAUUUUGUAUCUUAAUUUAUUUCAAUAUAAUUUCAACCUAAUUUCUAAUGAUGUCUUUAUUUUUGCCUCAAAUUGUUUUAUUGGAAGUUACACAGUACUUUAUUUAUAUUCUUGCACAUUCUGGGAGAUGAAAAAAGGGAAGAAAAGAAGAUCAGAUUUUAAAUUUGUAUAAAUGCGUGUGUGUGUGCGCGUAUGUUUGUGUAUAUAUUUUAAUAUGUUGUAUAUUUAAUGACGAGCACAUAUGGGGAGAGCUAGCUGUAUCGUGGUGAUUUUAUUCCAUAUUUAAUUCAAUAUUUCGGGGGGAUAAAGUUACAAGCUUAUGUGUAUCCAAAGUUUCAAUAAUUCAUAAGCAGAUGUUUUUCUAUGAUGAGCUUAUCGGGAUCCUGUCCAAGUUUUUAAUUGUGCCCUAUGGUCUAUUUAAUUUUUUAUUUUUUAUGUCCACCCUGCAAAUCCUUGCUUGUAGAUUUAUUUUUAUAUUAGCAUCCAUCUAAUGUAACAUAUUUUUUUCUUUUGCUUUAAUUUUAAUUGAAUUGCAUUCCCUGAAACAAUAAU